AUGUGUCAUCUAGAUGAAUUAGAUCUUAAUAACCUAAUAACCAUAUAUUAAAGUUAUGGAUCUGAAUCUGAAAUAAUUGAAUAAAUCAUUCAGAGAGAAAAAUAACUCGAUUCUGCAGUUCCUCAUCGAGAAUUGGAUAGAAUAUUAGAAAUCUGGAAAACCAAUGGAAACAUUGAUUAGGAUUUAUUACUCAUUUUAAAAUCUGAACUUCUAUAUUAAAUUAAAGUGACCAAUAAAUAUUAAUAAAAUAAAGUUUUUUAGAGAAUUUUUGCUUUAAUCUAUGCAAAUGUUAAUGAUGCUGAAAUAUUACAUGUUAUAGAAAAAAAAUUAUAAAAAUCUACAAAAUUGCUUGAAAGUAGAAAUUAUUCAUUUUAAAAUGUAUUUUUAUAAUUUCUAAACUAUCUUAGGGUUAUUUAACUUGA